CUUGCAAUCGGAUAUCGGCAAGAUGCCCAGAAUCACUAUUUAUGCAUAACUGAGAGACUAGUCCGAUGGUCGAAACUCGACAACAGUGGAAUUUGUGUUGAUACUGAACAUCAUGGCUGCUCAAAAUCCAGACUUCGACGAGCUUCCGCUGGAUAAGACUGGCCCUCGAGGUAAUGCGUGGGGACUUUGGGGACAAGAUGACCAACUUGGGACUCUGAAUUAUUUGACAGAUGAGGUAGUUGGACAAGCAGCCAGGGAGAACAUCAAGACCGGGACCAGGCUGUCAUUGAACUGGUCAAUGAUGGGAGCUUCAUACCCCAAGUUCGCUCGGAAGAACCUGGAUCUGAAAUUGAUCAAUAAAGCCCCCUUGAAGCAUGCUCAUGAUGACGAAUGGAGAUUCAACUCACAAUGUAGCUCUCAGUGGGACGGCUUCCGACAUUAUGCUUAUCAGAGUGAAGCAUUGUACUACAUGGGUCGCAAAGCCGAGGACUUUGCCGCGUCGGACCACCCGAAUAGCAUCCACCAUGUUUCAGCCAAAGGCAUCGCUGGCCGCGCUGUCUUCAUAGACUGGUACUCAUGGGCGCUAGCUCAAGGCCUCGAAAUUGAUGCCAUGUCAUCAUACGAGGUACCCUUUAACCAGAUCAUGAAAACGUUGGAGUUCCAGAGUAUGAGUCUAGAUUCCCUGAGAGCUGGAGACAUAAUCGUAAUCCGCUUCGGAUAUCUGUUUCAAUACGAGAAUAUGGAUGCUGCUAAGCGCGAGUAUCUCGACAAGCUUUACCAAACGCAAAAGCCUGACAACAUUGGUCUCAAGCCAUCUGGAGAACUUUUGAGAUUCCUAUGGAAUACCAAGAUUGCAGCGAUCUGUGGAGACUCGCGGUCGUUGGAAGUCUGGCCAUGUAAAGACCUCGAAUGGCACUUGCAUGAGUGGCUUCUGGCAGGUUGGGGUAUGCCUAUCGGGGAACUAUUCUACCUGGAAGAACUUGCCAAGAAAUGUAAGGCGCUGGGGAGAUACACUUUCUUCAUGUCAAGUUCACCUAUGAAUGUACCUGGGGCUGUUGCAAGCCCGCCAAAUGCCCUUGCAUUCUUCUGAGAUGGCGGUUUGCGGUAGAAGGAUAAUGG